GAGGGGCGGGCGGAAAGGUCGCUUGUCUCGGCGGCGCGCGGGGAUGACGUCACUUCGCUCCGCGCCCCUCCCUCCACCGAUGCGCGCCCACUAGUGACGUCAGGGCACUCCUGCGUCGCGCUGGGAUUGCGUCACAGCGCCCGCCGGAGGAGGAAGGAGCGAGAGAGCGAGUGGGGGGGCGCGCGCGGAGGGGAUGCCGGUGCGGAUGGCGGCUGCGGUGCCCCCUACGCAGAGCCUGCGCCUGGAGAACGCCUCCAUCUUGUCUGAGGGCUCCCUGCAGGAUGGACAUCGCCUCUGGAUCGGGAACCUUGACCCCAAGAUUACAGAGUACCACCUCCUCAAGCUCCUUCAGAAGUUUGGCAGGGUGAAGCAGUUUGACUUCCUCUUCCACAAGUCAGGCGCGUUGGAGGGACAGCCCAGAGGCUACUGCUUUGUGAACUUCGAAACCAAGCAGGAAGCGGAGCAAGCCAUCCAGUGCCUCAACGGCAAGCUGGCCCUCUCCAAGAAGCUGGUGGUGCGGUGGGCCCACGCCCAGGUCAAGAGAUACGAUCAGAAUAAGAAUGAGAAGAUCCUCCCCAUCAGCCUGGAGCCCUCGUCCAGCAUGGAGCCCACCCAGUCCAACCUCAGUGUUAGCGCCAAAAUCAAAGCCAUUGAAGCCAAGCUGAAGAUGAUGGCUGAGAACCCAGACACGGAGUUCCCGCCGGUGGCCGCUUACUCGUACUUCAAGCCGCCCGACAAAAAACGGACUGCUCCCUACUCCAGGGCGGCCUGGAAGUCGAAGAGAUGAUCUCCGCGGCAGGCGGCUCCUUCCUGCAGCAUUCCCCCCCGUGUGCUUGCGUGUGUGUGUCUGUGUAGUCAGUCGGGAAGAGCGGAGGACUGGGCCGGGCUGGACUGCUGUGUCUCCCUCGAGUCAGCCCCACCCCGGCCCCUUACACAGCUGUCUCCUCUCCCGCAUCACCUGGCUUGCCCACGCACGGGGGCCUCUCCUGAGGGGAGGGAAAUGGCAGUGCCACCCCCAAAUCUGGGGAGAGCUUUCCGAAACGCAGUAGUAAAAACUAGAAGCAUCUUCUUGUGGCUGUGUGGUUCUGUCUCAAAAAGCCUGAGACUGAAUGCUGAGCGGUUGGGGUUUAAGCGAGGGGCUUUAAAAACCACACGGUUCAAGUCGUUCUGAGACUUCGUUCAACACACUCGGGCAGGUGUAUCAGUACUUUUUUUUAGAAAUGGUUGUACAGGAAUAAACUUUAUUCAGGCUUU